ACGCUUGUACUACAACAGCAAAAUGUCCAGUAGACUACGGUGGUCAUUUUUGAUCGGAAUUGUUGUACAAUUCAACAUUGCCCAGGCAGAAGAUUUAUCGUGUUCACGAAUAGAUUUCGACCAAGCUACUGUUACAUAUCUGUCACGGUGUUCGUUUUACCAGGAAUUCGUUUCGAAACCAUACACCGAAUCGGUUAAUUUCAAUCCUUUCAGAAAAGAUACGAAAUAUUACCUCUCUAAUAAGUGGGAAGGUUUAACAUGUGGAGAAACCGUCGAAAGCUUUAGUUUGAAUGAAGAAACCGAACUGAGAAUGGUUUAUAACUUGAUUUUUGACUAUGGAGCUACGCUAGAGGUGCGAGUGAUUGAUCUGGAUAGAUUGGAUGGCGAUAAUAGACCAACAGUAGUAAUCCGUUGGAAAACUGAGCAAGCAACCACCGGCUGGGGGUUAUUUAGAGAGAAAAUGGACAAAACAGUCAAGAGAGCGAAGAUACAAAUUGAAGCCAACAUGAAUACUAAAAGUGAUGUCGCUAUAGAGUAUUUCACUGUAUUCAACUUUGAAGUAGAGAGCGAUGAAUGUCAAUCAAUAGAUGAAUUUGCACCAACGACUACAACUUCAACUCUAACAAGCACCACACCAUCAACUACAGCUUCUUCUACAACUUCAAGAACCACUUCUACAGAAAAAUUAACCAGUACAUCGACCGAAUCAUCCACGACGGUAAUGACCACAGCGUAUUCUCCGAGAGAUGAAAGCACAUCAACAUCGACGAAGCUUACAUCACCGGAAGUAAGUUUAUCCACAUCCACAGAUAGAUCGAGCACAACGACAACCUUUUCAGAGAUUGCUCCAAUUUCAAGCGAAUGGAUUUGGAUUACAUUAGCGGCAGUAUUUGCGACACUAUUUUGCCUAUCAACUGCUGGUUCUGCUUACAUUUAUGCAAUGAACAAGGAUCUUCUCAAACUGAACACGAAACUCAGGGACAAAAGACAAAAUAAAUUUCAAUCGGAUGUAUCUCAUAAUUCUUUCAAGGAGGUAAAGCGUGGAGUUCAAAUAUAUCAAGACGUAUAA